GUUCUUAACUGUCAGGUAUUAAGAUGGUUUCCCAAGGAUUUGAAAUUUUAAAAAAAAGAAUAUGUUGUUGUAUGAACAUAAUUUUCGAUUUUGCUUCAUAUUUAUCUCAAAGGUAGCUUAUUCUCUGUAUUUUCCGGUAAAAUGACAUGUGAUAUAAUAAUGGCAAAAAUAAAUUACUUGUCUAUGUACUCAAGAUUAUAAAUAGGGGGCAAAAGCAGUUUCGAAAAAUCAAAUCAAUCUAAUUUAUCUGUCUUUUCUUUCUUUCUUUUCUCUCUCAUAUUUUUUUUCAAACUUUCAAUGCGAAUCUCAAUCUUAUCGACAAUUGGAUGUAUACUUUUAACACCUUUUGUUUUGUUGACUAUUAUAUUUCUUGCCUGUCUAGCUGUCAUUACUACUACCUUCACCUCUUCUUUCCUUUUCCUCCGACUAGCUUUGCUUACAAUUGAAGUGAUAUCUGGGCUUACCUUGGAGUCUACCAACUGGCUAUUAAACAACUGCAUGCUGAGAAUAAAAGGGUAUUUAAACAACUACAAAUCACAUCAUAAAAAGCAACCAACGCAAAUGUCAUCUACUGACAGCAUCAUCAUGAGAAGAAAGAAAUUGUCAACAUCUUCACUUUCACUUAGCCGAUUGCCUUACAAAGCCAAGGUUAAAUCAAAGUAUUCCGUCUCUGUUCCCGGCACACCUGACCCAGAGUCAUUUCACCAUCAAAUGGCAAUGUAAACUUAUACACAUUAUUUAUACACUAUAUAUAUAUAUAUAUAUAUA